CUCAUAUGUCUGCUUGAGGUCCGAUAACGUAGUGUGAGUGACAGGCAGGGCUGUGAGCUGGUCAUGUGACUGGCAGCAGUCAGGUGACCCGGUGCAGCUGCAGCCUGUUAGUACUGUGCUGUUGUUGGAGCUGGGACUCUGGGAGAGUGCUGAGGCUGCAGGACAAGUGAUUUUGGAGCCAUAUGCUGUCCAAGCCGAGCUUAUCAUAACAAACAUGAGACUAGUGAUCCUGGAUGAUUAUGCCCUGGCUAGCGAGUGGGCAGCCAAGUAUAUAUGUAAUCGCAUCAUUCAGUUUACUCCUGGACCUGGCAAUUACUUCACACUUGGGUUGCCCACAGGCAGCACCCCUUUAGGAUGUUACAAAAAACUUAUUGAGUAUCACAAAAGUGGGGACCUUUCAUUUAAAUAUGUGAAGACAUUCAAUAUGGAUGAGUAUGUCGGACUACCUAGGAACCACCCUGAGAGUUACCAUUCAUACAUGUGGAACAAUUUCUUCAAGCACAUAGAUAUUGACCCCAAUAAUGCACACAUCAUGGAUGGGAAUGCCACCGACCUGCAGGCGGAAUGUGAGGAGUUUGAGAAGAAAAUCAAGGAAGCCGGAGGCAUUGAGCUGUUUGUAGGAGGUAUUGGCCCAGAUGGGCACAUUGCCUUUAAUGAGCCGGGUUCCAGUUUGGUAUCCAGGACAAGACUAAAGACUUUAGCAAUGGACACCAUUUUGGCAAAUGCUAAAUAUUUUGAUGGCAAUCUUUCUAAGGUCCCGACAAUGGCACUGACCGUCGGUGUGGGGACAGUAAUGGAUGCUAAAGAGGUGAUGAUCCUCAUUACUGGUGCUCACAAAGCCUUUGCAUUAUACAAGGCCAUAGAAGAGGGCGUGAACCACAUGUGGACCGUGUCGGCUUUCCAGCAACACCCUCGCACUAUAUUUAUCUGCGAUGAAGACGCUACAUUAGAGCUUAGAGUUAAAACUGUGAAAUAUUUUAAAGGUUUAAUGCAUGUACAUAAUAAACUCGUGGAACCAUUGCACAGCAUGAAGAAGAACUGACAGCCUGACCAGGAAAGCUAUGAGAACCUGGCUGAUGAUCUAGUGGCUCUGCAAGACUGUAAAAGUACUGUAUUACUAUUAAGGUCCAAUCUCUGGUUUAGCCAUGUAUCAUUCCACUUCAUAUUAGUUCAAUAUAAAUACUUUUGUUUUAAGGCUGUAUAGUAGACGCAACUGUUUACUAGAAGGAAUGGUAUAUAGUCAGUUAGCAAAUGUAUUGUAUAAUGCAAAUGUAACUUUUUAUAACUACUUUGCAGUUUACAUAAUAAAUACUUUUCAUUUUUGCUUUAACAGCCCUGUAUACAUUCAAUAAAUGUAUCCGGAGAUAUUACUGAAUGUAGCUAUUCACCUACACUGCACAUAGCCAAUUGUUUGUAUCACACUGCCUGAUUUUCUCUGCUUCAGUCAUUAUUAGCUGUAACAGUUAUGUUAUUUGUUUUAAGGAUCAUUUCAAACUAUUCUGUAUUUAUAGAGCAGUUUUCUAAAAAAUAAAUAAAAAAACACAAAUUCA